AUGGUCCCAGUGAGGAAACCCGGAAGACCGCUCAGUGCAUGUCCACAUCCAAAAGAUCAACCAUGUAACUGUGGAAGUGUCACGGCUGCUAUUCCAAGGAAACAAGCAUGCCAUUGUGGUACCGAUACACCUGUAUCGACCCCUCCUGCCCCUCUACAACGAGGAACUUCCAUACCCGAUCCGACUUCUCCUACGCAGCUUACAUUCAAAAUCCAAAAGACAGCGUCAAGAUCGCAGUCGAAUAGGAAACAAUCCUUCGAUCCCGUAAACUUGGACCGAAUGGAUUUGAAUCAAGUCAAUAUAGUUCCUUUCGAUCAGCAUCCCCAAAGAAUGCAAAUCAUUCCACCCAACGCAUAUCAUGUGUCGACUCCUUCUCAACCGUACGGAUUUGGUCCAUCACAAUAUCCAAUCAUGCAACCACAAUAUGACAACAUUUCUUUUCAACUACCUCCACCUCUGCAUAGUCUAGGAGGACCAAUAUCGGACAUAAGAACAAAUGGAUAUGCGAAUGGGCAUAGCAUUUUAGAUCAGGUUGUGGAGAGCCCUCUCGAAACGCCAACUGAAAUCAAGAAUGGGCAAAUUACUCCAAAGAUGAAUGGUGGUUCUUGCUGUGCGCCAUCUACCCCGGAAAGCCCGCCUCGUAUCGAUAACAUUGCCGCGAACAGUGGUUCGUGUUGUGCCCCUAAACAAAAUACCCAUAUUCACACUUCGUCGAAUGCCAGUACGAUGUCGGAACCUCCGCAACCUACACCUAAAUCUAAAAGUUGCUGUUCUUCAAAGAACAAGCCUUCAAUGACUCAGAGUUCCGAAACGAAUACACCCUUGAUGCAGCCACAAAUACCACAAAAUGGAUUUUCAAUGAAUAAUGCCAUGUAUUCACAGUAUCCGCCUACUGUAUUCACAUAUCCUGCUACAUAUGGUUCAUACCAAAAUCCUCUGCAGCCAUCUGCGUGGCGCCAAGGUGUGCGUGAUAUGAGUUAUGGUCAUAUUCAAGGACAGCCAUCUAUCUCUACCGCACCUCUGGCUUUCGGUUCAAACACACCACUGUCUCGGAAUCUCGAAACAGUCCAUACUUGUGGUUGUGGUGAUGGUUGCCAAUGUGUUGGAUGUGCAGCUCAUCCAUACAAUGAUGCCACAAGACAAUAUGUACUUUCGGCUUGGGAAUCGAUGCAACUCGAACCUGACUUGUACAAUAACGGUCACACGAAUGGGCGCGUGAAUGGGAAUGGAAAUGUUGCACCCACUUCAACACAGACACAAGAUGUGAUCAAAGAAAAUCCUACAUCUCCACCUCCUGCGACUCCCUCGAGUACUACUUCGGGAACGGCAGAAGAACAAAGCCUUUCGGCCUCGGAUUUCUUUUUCGUAAAUUAUCCUUUUUCCGCAGAGGAUGGGUGUGGAGGGGAUACUCAAAGUUGCCCGUGCGGUGAUGAUUGCCAAUGCUUAGGCUGCACCAUUCAUCGAGUUCCAGAUAUUCCUUGUCCAGGUGAGAAAGAUACUUGUCCCUGUGGGGAUGAUUGCGCCUGCAUUGGCUGUACUAUACACAAUAUGUGA